AUGACUUCAGAUGAGCUGCCACCGCAAGAAAGCCUCGCAAAUGUCUCUGAAAGACUUGACGAAGCAAGCCCUUCUCAGCUAUACGAAAUCAAAGAAUGUGUUGGAAAGGGAAGUUUUGGAGAUGUUUAUCGCGCCAUCGAAAAACAGAGCGGAGCAGUAGUUGCUAUAAAAAUCAUCAACUUAGAAGAAACACAGGACGAUAUCGAAAUUUUAGCUCAGGAAAUCUACUUUUUGUCAGAACUCAAGGCACCCUUCGUAACGACAUAUUACAAAACUUUCGUGGAGGAUGUUUCAAUGUGGAUUGUUAUGGAGUACUGCGGCGGUGGAUCGUGCGCCGAUCUUCUCAAACAUCUUCCAGACCACCGUUUACCUGAACAAAAAGUUGCGUUUAUAGUGCGAGAAGUGCUUUACGGACUUGAAUACUUGCACAGUCAGAAGAAGAUUCAUCGUGAUGUGAAGGCCGCCAAUAUACUAGUUACAGAAAAUGGCGAUAUAAAGCUAGGGGAUUUUGGCGUUAGUGGUCAGAUUAUGGCUACUUUGAAGCGCACCACCUUUGUAGGUACGCCUUAUUGGAUGGCACCCGAAAUCAUCGCUAAAAGAGACAAUGGAUACGACGAAAAAGCUGAUAUUUGGUCUUUGGGCAUAACUGUCAUGGAACUUUUGACUGGACAGCCUCCGUAUGCCAAACACGACCCAAUGAAGGUUUUGAUGAACAUCCCGAUUAGAAAACCACCCAAAUUGCAUGGCCGUUUUACCAGUCCAGCUCGGGAGUUCAUAUCGCUGUGCUUGAUCAAGGAUCCGGAUGCGCGUCCAACAGCAUCUGAGCUUUUGAGCCACAGAUUCAUCAGUAAAAUGACCUGGAGAGGUGCUGGCAACUUGAAGAAAGAAGUCGACCUUGUGAACCAGUUGAAGGCGAAAAUAAACUAUUUUAAAGAGCCUCGUCACUGUGUUGGAGAAAAGGUUUACGGAACGGGCCUCAAGAAAUAUCUUCAAACUUGGAAUUUUGAAAACACUGAUCGAAAAAGUCCGCGCUUACAAAUGCCUUACAGCUUUCAAGAGCUAAAACCUCCAAAAAUCAAUUCUGCGAUUUUGGAAGAAACGUCACCCAGGAGCGACAAAAGUCCUAUUUCUGUUAUGGAAAGUGCUGAUGUCAAUACUCCGGUAACUAACGCGACAUCCCCGGGAAUGAAGGAUUGCCGUCACGAAAAAGACUUUGAUGUUUCCAUGGGCGUCCACGAGGGUAAGGCUGCUCGAAAAAAUGUUCAUCAAUCGUCAGGUAAAGGCUUAAAUUAUUUCAGGCAUGUAGCCCUCUACAGUUUCGACAGGAUCUUCGAAAGGGCUCGCUCGGAUGAUACAAAGAAUGUGGUGAGCAGGUUGAGAAAUCUUUUCGAAGAAGCCGAGAAAUCGCAGCCAGGAUUGAGCGAAGCAUUUGUUGAAGAAGUGUACAUCAGAAUGGAAGAAAUAAAAAGCUUCAUAGACGAUUCCUCUUUAUAA